UUUGCCCUCGCCUGGCAUGGGAGGCUCCCUGGGGAUUCCCAGUGGGGAUGGGGUGCUGGGCCAGGCUCACGAGCCUGGAGCGGGGCGGGGUGCGGAUCCUCCUUGUCCAGGGGAGCCAGGGGAGCCCGGUCUCUGUGUGCCAGUUUAGCGUGCGCUACACACCCUGCCUCUGCCCUCUGUGUUCACCGUGUGUGCGUGUGUGUACCGUGUGUGCCUGCACCAUGUGUGCUGCCUGCAUAGCUUCAUUUCUGUGGGUUCCCACUCGCGCCUGUGGGACCUCAGUUGGGUGGAAAAGGAGGCCACUGCUUGUGCGUCCGCCUCCGUGCCUGUGGCCGGGUCGGGGGGCGGGGGGUUGUUAAGGACCGCUGUUGGAAGGAGGCUGGAUGCGGCUGCAGGGGCCGAGAGCCGGAAGGCUGAAGAGUCCCCGGUCCCCGUGGUGUCCUCUCUCAGCAUCCUCAUUCCACGUUCCCCUCCCAGGGCUUUUCCGGGCUGCGGUGCCCAGUGGAGCCUCCACUGGUAUCUAUGAGGCCCUGGAGCUAAGGGAUGGGGACAAACAGCGUUACUUAGGCAAAGGUGUCCUGAAGGCAGUGGACCACAUCAACACCACCAUCGCCCCGGCCCUCAUCAGCUCAGGUCUCUCUGUGGUGGAACAAGAGAAGCUGGACAAUCUGAUGCUGGACUUGGAUGGGACUGAGAACAAGUCCAAGUUUGGGGCCAAUGCCAUCCUGGGUGUGUCCCUGGCCGUGUGUAAGGCAGGGGCGGCCGAGCAGGAAUUGCCCCUGUACCGCCACAUUGCUCAGCUGGCCGGGAACUCAGACCUCAUCCUGCCUGUGCCGGCCUUCAACGUGAUCAAUGGGGGCUCCCAUGCUGGGAACAAGCUGGCCAUGCAGGAGUUUAUGAUCCUCCCAGUGGGCGCUGAGAGCUUUCGGGAUGCCAUGCGACUCGGGGCGGAGGUCUAUCACACACUCAAGGGCGUCAUCAAGGACAAGUAUGGCAAGGAUGCCACCAACGUGGGAGAUGAAGGUGGCUUUGCCCCCAAUAUCCUGGAGAACAGUGAAGCCCUGGAGCUGGUGAAGGAAGCCAUUGACAAGGCUGGCUACACAGAAAAGAUCGUCAUCGGCAUGGAUGUCGCCGCCUCGGAGUUUUAUCGUGAUGGCAAAUACGACUUGGACUUCAAGUCUCCCGCUAAUCCCUCCCGAUACAUCACUGGGGACCAGCUGGGGGCCCUCUACCAGGACUUUGUCAGGGACUAUCCUGUGGUCUCCAUUGAGGACCCCUUUGACCAGGACGACUGGGCUGCCUGGUCCAAGUUCACAGCCAACGUGGGGAUCCAGAUUGUGGGUGAUGACCUGACGGUGACCAACCCAAAGCGAAUCGAGCGGGCCGUGGAGGAGAAGGCCUGCAACUGUCUGCUGCUGAAGGUCAACCAGAUCGGUUCGGUCACCGAAGCCGUCCAAGCGUGCAAGCUGGCCCAGGAGAAUGGCUGGGGGGUCAUGGUGAGUCACCGCUCGGGAGAGACUGAGGACACGUUCAUUGCGGACCUGGUGGUAGGGCUGUGCACAGGCCAGAUCAAGACUGGUGCCCCAUGCCGUUCUGAGCGUCUGGCUAAGUACAACCAGCUCGUGAGAAUCGAAGAAGAGCUGGGGGACGAAGCUCGCUUCGCCGGACAUAAUUUCCGCAAUCCCAGCGUGCUGUGAUCCCUCUACCUGCCUGGAGACUUGGAACCCCUCGCCCGUCCUCCUGGAACCUCUUCUUUCCGGUCCUGCUCGAAAUUUCACCCCAGACGCCCCGGCUGACCUGCUGCGCUGCUCCUUGGCUGGUCCAGCCCCUGCUGUCUCCGCUCUCGCCCACGCUGGGUUCCACACUCUCCACUCCUUCCUUCCUCUUCUCCCUCCUCAAAAACUGGCCACGGACUGAGGAUGUCAGGGCAUCCACGGAAGACCGAUCAGGGUCUGUGCCGGAGCGUCAGGGUUGGUUGUUGCGAUGUGUAGAGGGGCCGUGUGUCAUGUGCUUUGCGCUGGGUCUGUUCCUUUCCAGGUUGCAUAUGAGGCAGGAACUGCACAGUGCUGAGUGGAGGGGAGUGCUGGCUGCGCGCUCAGGCCUAGCCUAAGGCACUGAUGUAUUAUUUAUUCAUUUAUUUAUUUUUCAUUCAUCCUGUUAAUGAUUCACUUCCUCAUAGCUCCAGGGCCAGAAACUGGCCUGACUGGACGGGACCAUGUGUCUGUAUUUCAUGUGACUGUAGAUUCUGAGAUGGCCUGGGGUGGGGGGUCUUGCUGGAAUGGGAAGGGUCACAGAAAGGGGCCUCGAUGAGGGUUCCUGUGUGUGUGCCAAGCCUUAACCGCAGCCUGGCUCGGUCCAGAGGUGGGGCUGUGUGCCCGGGGCUCCCCCCCCCCCCCGCGUCCCUCUCUCCCCAGCCCGAUUCCCCCUCGUUCCUCCUGCAGCUGCACCUGAGCACCGUCUCACUCCCCUGUGCCGUGUUCCACAGCUGCCAGCACCUCUGCGGUGUUGAACUGAGCACCACCAUUAAAGUCUGAGUCACCGUG